AUGAAGGCAGCUGUGUUGAUCCAGCGCUGGUACCGUCAGUAUGUGGCUCGUAUGGAGAUGAGACGCAGAUACACCUGGAACAUCUUCCAGUCUAUAGAAUACUCUGGGGAGCAGGCCCAGAUCAAACUUUACAAUUUCCUUGGCUACCUCAUGGACAACUUCAACCCAACUAGCACUGAACGCAACUUAAUCUCCCACAUAUUCCGAGAAAAUGAAGUGUGCCGCGAUACAGAGUGGGAGAGGCACUUCUGCUAUAAGAAUAUUGAGGUGCCAGAGAUCUACUCAGGUCCCCGUCUUAUCUUCCCUCUUACUGUGGAACAAGUGGCUGCCAUGGUAGAGGCCUUCAGGAAUAAAAGACAGCUCCACUCUCGGUACGUUCUCCAACUUCUCCUGGAAACAUGGAAGUUACUCCGAAAGCUGCCGAACAUCAGUCGAAUCUCCACCUGUCACAGCAAAGAAAUCACAGUUUGUGGUGAUUUACAUGGGCAGCUUGAAGACCUGCUGUUGAUAUUUUACAAGAAUGGCAUGCCAUCAUUGGAGCGGCCAUAUGUUUUCAAUGGAGACUUUGUUGAUCGAGGCAAAGAUUCCAUUGAGAUUCUCCUCAUCCUUUUUGCCUUCCUGCUCGUGUAUCCAAACGAUGUUCACCUCAACAGGGGAAACCAUGAAGACCAUAUUGUCAACUUGAGGUAUGGCUUCACCAAGGAGGUGUUGGGGAAAUACAAGAUGCACGGCAAGAGGAUCCUGAAGCUGCUUCAGAAGAUCUUCAGCUGGUUGCCCCUGGCAACAGUCAUCGAUCAGAAAGUGUUGAUCCUGCAUGGGGGCAUCUCCAACACCACGGACCUCUGCCUCAUAGCCAGAGUGGACAGACACAAAUACGUGUCAGCCCUGAGGCCUCCUAAGAAGAGGACACAAUACCCAGUGAGUCAGUCCUCUGUGGACUUGGACAUGGAAGACGACCUGUCAGGCACCAAGAACAACCAGCGCCGGGUCUCCCUGAUCAAGGCCAACUCCUUCGGACCCCGGGAUGGCUUCCAGCGCCGCUCACUCCAGGACUUUUCCGGCAGGGUCCCCCGGACCGUUGACGAGGAGAUAGAGGUGCGGCGGAGGCAAUCCGGCUUCAUCAAGGGCGGGUUCAGCCACAGUCAGGGGGACCUCAACAACCUGGCCGUCUCCUCGGCGUCGCAGGAAUCCACCGACACAGCAGACACUACCGUAGAGGAGUGGAAACAGAUUCUGGACCUACUGUGGAGUGACCCCAUGUCUCAGAACGGCUGCAUACCCAACGAGGUGCGGGGAGGAGGCUGCUACUGGGGGCCAGACGUCACCCAGGACUUCCUGGACAGACACAACAUGCAGCUCAUCAUCCGCUCCCACGAGUGCAAGCAGGAUGGCUACGAGUUUUGCCACAACCGCAGGGUCCUCACCCUGUUCUCUGCCUCCAACUACUAUGAAGUGGGCAGCAACAGAGGGGCCUACGUGAAAUUGGGACCAGACCUAGUGCCUUAUUUGAUUCAGUACCAGGCUAGCAGUAUGACUCGAGAACUCACCCUCAGGAAAAAUGUGGGGAAGGUGGAACAUUCAGCCCUCAAGGUCCUGCGGGAACAGCUGUUUGCACACAAGUCUGACCUCGUCAGUGCCUUCCAAGAGUUUGACAAAGACAAAACAGGUGUCGUGUCUCUGAAUGACUGGGCCACGGCGGUAGAGAGUGUGCUCCGUCUAGGCCUACCCUGGAGGAUGCUGCGCUUUCAGCUGGCCACCUGCAAGACCCCGGGGGGCAUGUUGGACUACCAGGAGUGGUUCCAGGAACUCUCCAUAAAAGAGCCACAAAUGGAGCACAUCGAUCAGGGUUUGCUGGAGACCCUGUACCGCCAUCGCGCCACCUUGGAGACCAUCUUCAGAAUAGUGGAUUUAGACAACUCAGGGUUCAUCACAAUGGAGGACUUCCGUCAGACGUGGAAGCUGCUGAGUGCCUUCUUAAAGAUGGAGAUCACUGACGAAGCUAUCUCGGACCUGUCCGUCACCAUAGACACCAACCAGGACGGCAACAUUGACAUCGAUGAGUUCAUGGAGGCCUUCCGGCUGACAGACAAGAAAAGCCGGCUGGAGAGGGGAAAGAGCAUGUUUAUGGGGACCACCACUGACCUGACCAAACUGGAGGGGGACCCCAAUAUAUGA